UGUGCCCCGUUCGAAGACAGUGGGUGAAGCGGGAAGGGAGCGAGGCUUCCUUUCUGCCGGACUGGCCGCUCUCGCUCCCUUUGCUUCCCGUGGGACCGAUGCUGUUUGAGGCUGGGACUGCACGUUCCCCGGGCCAAAGAUCUGCAGGAGCUGAGGAAGUGCACUCCUUUCACACCGGAUGGAUAUGAGAAGAGCAGCUUUGCAGGUAGAGCUCCCCAACUGAGUACCAUGUGAAGGUCUGACAGAGCCCCUUGAUUCGUGGGAUAGGAGAGACGUCCCUCUUUCAGUCCAGAAGGGGAAAAUUCUUUGAACGUUUUUGUCUGCUUCAGUAGGCUCUUAAAGUAUCAUCUUUACCUGAACCACAGGGGCACGUGCCUGAGCCAGUUUGCCCACUGUGGGGAAAGGAAGUCUCAGGAGGCAUUCUGCGCGCCAUGGAGAAACCGUGGAAGUGUGGGGAUUGCGGGAAAGGAUUCCACUAUCCCUCCAUGCUGGAGAUCCACCACCGUGUCCACACCGGGGAGCGGCCCUUCACCUGCUCCGUCUGCGGCAAGGGCUUCACCCAGUCGCCCCACCUGCUGUCCCACCAGCGGGUCCACACCGGGGAGCGGCCGUUCGCUUGCUCCGAGUGCGGGAAGGACUUCAGCGAAUCGUCCAGCCUGCUCAAGCACCAGCGGGUCCACACCGGGGAGCGGCCCUUCACCUGCUCGGUGUGCGGCAAGGGCUUCCCUCACUCGUCCACCCUGCUCAAGCACCGGCAGGUCCACACCGGGGAGCGGCCCUUCACCUGCACCGUCUGCGGCAAGGGCUUCACCCGCUCAUCGCACCUGCUGACCCACCAGCGGGUCCACACCGGGGAGAGGCCGUUCAGCUGCUCCGUCUGUGGCAAGAGCUUCUCUCACUCGUCCAGCCUGCUGCGGCACCAGCAGGUCCGCACCGCGGAGCGGUCCUUCACCUGCUCCGUCUGUGGCAAGAGCUUCUCUCACUCGUCCAGCCUGCUGCGGCACCAGCAGGUCCACACCGCGGAGCGUCCUUUACCUGCUCCGUCUGUGGCAAGAGCUUCUCUCACUCAUCCACCCUGCUGCGGCACCAGCAGGUGCACACCGGCGAGGGCGCCUUCACCUGCUCCGUCUGUGGCAAGGGCUUCCCCCACUCGUCCGGCCUCCAGAUCCACCAGCGGGUCCACACGGGGGAACAUCCUUCCGAUAGACCAGAAGUGCACAUAAUACAGAGGAACUUCGAUUAUCCAGAAUUAGAUGAACCAGCACGGUGGCUCAGUGGUUAGUGCUGCUACCUCACAGUACCAGGGACCCGGGUUUCAUUCCUCCUCAGGCGACAGACUGUGUGGAGUUUGCACAUUCUCCCCGCGUCUGCGUGGGUUUCCUCCUAGUGCUCCGGUUCCGUCCCACAGUCCAAAGAUGUGCAGGUCAGGGUGAAUUGGCCAUGCUAAAUUGCCUGUAGUGUUAGUUACAUUAGUCAGAGGGAAAUGGGUCUGGGUGGGUUACUCUUUGGAGGGUCAGUGUGGACUGGUUGGGCCUGUUUCCACACUGGAAGGGAUCUAAUCGUCAAGCGACUGAAAUACACCCUGCAUGUGUCCUUUGGAUAAUCGAGGUUCCUGUGUAUUCCAAAAGUGGCCUAACCAACGUCCUGUCCAGACCCCAACCCCUAUACUCAGUGCUGUGACCAAUAAAGUGAUCUGCAGAAUCUGCGGGACUUGCUUAAUCCUGGAAGGUAAAUCACGUGUUUCUCCUUCUGUUGCAGGUGGAUCCAAGAUUUCACUCUCUGUCCCAUUGAGUCUCCAGUCAGGUCCUUCAGCUCAACUGGUCUCUCUCAGUAUUUCUGACCCAUGUGAGCCUCUACGCACCUCCCCUUCACUUGCUCACACUUGAUUUCCCUUACAGCAGCAUUCCCUUCAGUUCCUUUCUCCCUGACGUCUGUAACCAGCUUCUCCUUAAAUGCCGUCCACCUCGACCUGCUACUGUGGGGGUCACUCCCGCUGCAGACAGAGGUCUCUCCUUUGUAACCUCUUCAAAAGAUUUACCGCUGACUUCCCCCUUCAGUCUUUUCCAUUUCUGGGUCUCCCCGCUGUUGCGAAACUUGGAAGGGUUCAGAAAAGAUUGACAAGGAUGUUGCCAGGGUUGGAGGAUCUGAGCUACAGGGAGAGGCUGAACAGGCUGGGGCUGUUUCCCCUGGAGCGUCGGAGGCUGAGGGAUGACCUUAUAGAGGUUUACAAAAUUAUGAGGGGCAUGGAUAGGAUAAAUAGGCAAAGUCUUUUCCCUGGGGUUGGGGAAUCCAGAACUAGAGGGCAUAGGUUUAGGGUGAGAGGGGAAGAUAUAAAAGAGACCUACAGGGCAACUUUUUCAUACAGAAGGUGGUGUGUGUACGGAAUGAGCUGCCAGAGGAUGUGGUGGAGGCUGGUACAAUUGCAACAUUUAAGAGGCAUUUGGAUGGGUAUAUGAAUAGGAAGGGUUUGGAGGGAUAUGGGCCGGGUGCUGGCAGGUGGGACUAGUUUGGGUUGGGAUAUUUGGUCGGUAUGGACGGGUUAGACCGAAGGGUCUGUAUCCAUGCUGUACGUCUCUUGACAAAGCCUUGUCUGAGGGUGAAAUGUUGUCAUUCCCGUUGACGCGGGUGGUCCCCUGUCUGUCGUCCUUUUUGUUUCCUUUCUCGGAAAGGACGUCGCGGACAUGGACAGCGUUCCCGAGCCCCGCUCCGGAACGGGCUGUUCCGUCCUCUUCCAGGCCCCGGGGUGGGGGGAAGGGGCAGCUUGAGUGCAGUGGGAGAGUGGGCCGUUCACCAGGAGGGUGCCAAUGGGACGGGAGAGCGGUACCGGUAAUGGGGUGAGGGGGAGAUGCCUCAGACCGCCAGAAACACUGGGGCAGCUGCUCGCGUGCUCCUUUUGGAUCUCACAGCACAGGGAGGCCAUUCAUCUGAUUACCUCUCUGCCUCUGCGUCUGUCUGUCUCUCUGAGGUGACAGCGGAUUCCAGCAUAUUGCUGCUUGCUGGGUAAACCUGUUUUUCCUCUGUUUUCCCCCUCUCUCUCCUGCUCAAACCCCUGACCUUCAGGCCGCCCCUGACCUUGUCACUAUCAGUGAAUAGGGAACAGCUUUUCUUCCUCCACCUUAUCUGAACCUAUCACAAUCUUCCCCACUUUCACCAGUUGUAUCUGUGUGUGACCCUCUCUUUCUGUGUCUCUUUCUCUCCUAAGCCCCCUCCCUCACCACAUCCCAUUUACCCACCCCCUCCUGUCAUGCUCCCACUUUCAAACGGUCUCGUUGUGUUUUCACUGCCUCUUCCCCAUCGUUUCCGUCAAGCACCUCAUCUCACGCUUAGAACCCCUGCAGUGUAGGAGCAGGCCCUUCAGCCCAUCCAACCCACACCAACCCUCCCUCACCCAGACCUCUGCCUGUAACCCUGCAAUUCCCAUUGGCUAACCCACCUAGCCUACACAUCCCUGGGCACUAUGGGUAAUUUAGCACGGCCAGUCCACCCAAACCUGCACAUCCCUGGAUACUAUAGGACAAUUUAGCCUGGCCAAUCCUACACUAAGGGUGGAUUGGCCAUGCUAAAUUACCCAUAGUACCCAGGGAUGUGUAGGUUAGGGUCGAUUGGCCAUGCUAAAUUACCCAAUCCUACACAUCCCUGGGUACUGUUAGGAUAAAAUAAGUCAAGGGAGGGUGGAGCUAUAGCUGCUGUUUGGGGAAUCGAAACUGUUGCUUACGUGGCCAGCUCAGCUGCCAACGCCCAAAUGAGCUCAAUAACAGGAAACGCCUCGCAAACGCGAAAUGUCCUAAUAAGACAAUGCUUAGUAGCUCCGCGAAGCUCUGCUUAGCAAAGAGUAUAUCAGGAGCAGAUUUGGGAGGGGAAGGCAGAACGUGCCUUCUCCAGUGAAUGCAUGGUGAUUCACUGUAUCAACUACGAUUCUGCAAUAAAGCCUGCUUGUGCCAAACAA